AUGGCGAUCCUUACCAUUAUCUUUUUCUUGCUAAGAGUGCUUGCACGACAUCUUAAAAAACAGAGAUUCUGGUGGGACGAUGCACUUAUUGCAGCUGCACUAAUCUGCAGACUGAGCAUCGGUGGCGUUUACCUGACUAUGGUACAAAAAGGCCUGGGGAAACAUGCUAUCGACGUGCCUCAAGACGACCUGAUCGCUGUGAACAAACUCCUUUUGGCAAGUGAUUUACUGUAUAUUUUAACCCUUUUUUUCACCAAGCUCAGUGUACUGUUGAUGCAACACCGCAUAUUUGAUGUCGCAACACAUUUUCGGCGAUGGGUCUUGGGUCUUGGCUUUCUUGUUACUACGUGGUUCAUUGCUUUCUUCUUCAUUUUGAUAUUCACUUGCGUACCUGUUCAGAAGAGAUGGGACACGGACUUACGUGGUCACUGCGCGAAUCGUGUUUCCGGAUCAAUUGCUAGCUCUGUUACAAAUAUUGCGAGUGAUAUCGCUAUUAUUAUUCUACCACUCCCACAUAUAUGGAGAUUGCAAUUGAGACUGAGCGAGAAGGUUUUGUUGACACUGAUUUUCGGAUUGGGUCUAUUUGUGAUAUUCACCUCUAUCUUCCGUCUCUUUGUCUUUCUCGACCAUGAGCUCAUUUCGUCUGACAUCACGUACAGUCUCGUCUGGGUAAUUGCCUGGUCAGACAUCGAGACGGGAAUGGGGAUCAUUUGCGCUUGUCUGCCAACACUGCGUCCAGUGUUUCUAUGCAUUAAAAAGGCUGUGUCGACAUCCUCUUUUAUUCGCUCCCUACAGAGGAGCGCGCCUAGCAACAGCCAUAGCACAGAGAAUACGCUCAGCUCUGCAGAGUUUUCUCAUGCUCAUCCUGCUGGCAGUGACCGCCAGCCCUGUGGUUCUGGUAAUAUGAAAGCUUCGACUGUUCAGCAACAGAGAAGUAACCAUAGACUUUAUAGUCUAGACGACGACUUAUUCAAUCCUUCUGUUGAGCUUUCGUUAGAAGUCAUCGAUCAUAAUCCUUUGUUUAAGGACAGUCAGAUAGAAAGGGUUGUGUAGUCUUGAUUUUCGGCUUUUAGGGGCGUGCGAUGUCUGAAAUUUUUCUUUGAGGAAGUGGAGGGGGCGGGGUGGCUAUGUUGCUUUUCUGUUAUAUACCAAUUUUAUUAGGAAUUGUGUAAUGUUCGCAUUCAAUUAUUGUCCUCAUCAGCCAUUUCAACAUCACAUAUGGACGCCAAAGACUAGUAAAAUUCCUGAUUGCUUGUUUCUGCUGCUAGACCAGACGGAGAGAUUGGACUAUCCCUGCAAGCAUAGAACAACAACGUAGGCUGUCAACAGCAAACACAAAUCCGCGUGCUUGCGUAUGAUUACCAACACGGUCGUUUAUUGGCUGAUCCAAACGUCCUGCCAGUUUCUUCUGUUUGGUUUGGUUAACAAAACCUACCAAGACUUACGAAGCGAAUAUCGUCAA